AAUGUCUCAAGAAGGAAAUGGACAAAAAUCAUAUUUGGCUAAGCCUAAGGAUUGCUGUAAUUGGGUGAUGCCAUUGUUGAGGUUAUUGGCAUUUGGUGCAACAAUUUCAGCAACAUUAGUUAUGGCACUUAACAAUGAAAAGAAAACUUUUGUUGUUGCUACUAUUGGUACCACUCCAAUUCAAGCUACACUCCAUGCUAAGUUCCAGCAUACUCCAGCUUUUGUGUUCUUUGUGAUAGCAAACGGACUAUGCAGUCUCCAUAACCUCCUAAUGUUAGCAUCUUGUUUUAUUGGAAGCAAAUAUGAUUACAUGGGACUACGAUUUUAUGUGAUUGGAAUCCUAGACAUGAUAAAUGUGGCACUAAUUUCUGGUGGAGCAAGCUCAGCGGCUUUUAUGGGACAGCUUGGUAGAGAUGGGAAUUCUCAUGCAAGAUGGAAUAAAAUUUGUGAUAAAUUUUAUACAUUUUGUAACCAUGGUGAAGGAGCUAUUAUUGCUUCUUUCAUUGGUUUGCUUCUUAUGAUAAUUACAACUGGCAUUAAUAUAAUAAAACUUAAAAACGUUCAUAAUUCUGGCAAUACUUGUGCCAUUAUUCCUUAAUCAAGAAACUCCUAAUUGUCAUUUCAUAAAAA